AUGCCGCCACCGCCUCGGCCCGCAGCGCCACGCCGCUCCCGCCUUGCGCAGCCGCCGCGCCAGCGCCACCGCGCCAGCGCCGCCAACCGCCGCCCGCUCCGGCCGGCAGCCGCGGCUACAGGCCAUGUUUGCACUAGUGGGAGGUGGAGCGCCAGCGGAGAGAAGAUCGAUCUGGAGGGUCACUCCUCGUUCACCUCCCUACUCGGGAGUUUUCGCCCCCUGCAGCUGCCACCCAGAGAUGACGGCGGCGACGCCAGCGGGGACGGGGGCAGCACGGCUGCGGCAAGGACGAGGGAUUCUGAGGACCUCGUCUCAUUCAAUGGGUUAGAGUUCUUUGUGGAUCCGCAGUCAGGUCACAUUCCAGGCACACACCAGAGUGUGAAUCUAUCAUGGGGAUGUGCAGUAUAUGGUCAAGAGAGCCAGAUUGAAAGCAUGGAAGAUGUUUAUUCAGAUUGCGAAGAUGAAGCGGAAAGCGAGCCUGACAAUUAUGACGACUUCCUUUUCCGCUGUGAAGGUGACACUGAUGUUGAGGAUUGUUUUCCAACACAAAUCCAAGAAGCUGCUGUAGUAAAAGUAAGGUCUAUGGUAGAAAUUCGGAAGGAAGUUAGAGUUAAAGAUGCCAAGUAUAAGGCAGAAUUGACAAGGGCGGCAAAGAGAAGGGCAAUAGAAGGAGUGGUAGAUGAUGAAGACAUCAUAUUUAGUGACCAAGAUAGCGAUGAAGGCCAAGUGCAGGUGAAGGUCAAGAUGGAAGUGUCAAAGUUGCUACUAUUACUUGCUCAAAUUGUAAUUUAAAAGGACACACGUACACCACUUGUACACAACCUUUGAAGCCUGACCUCGCAAUUAGGAAGGCAGGGCAUAUGGUAAUUAUAUUUUCAACAAACACUAUUUCUUUUUUCCCUAGUGCAUUCCAUUACGUUGAAGAUCUUAACACUGUCUUAUUGUUUCAGAGCAAUCGAACUCGACCGGAUGCCCCUCCUGCAAUACCUGCGCGUCCUCCGCCUACAUCAGCACCUACAUAUACACCUACAGACCCUGCUGCAACAUCGCGGCGCCAUCCUACAACACCUGCACCACCACGGCGCAAUGCUACAGAACCUGCACUAUCACGGCAACAACAACGGCAGAAUCACCCUAACUCGUCAAACUCAAGGUUGUAUGGCUACUUCACAGCAGGUCGUGAUACGC